AUGUUUGAGAAUUCGGAAUACCAAGAACUUAUUGACAAGAUUAAUAGGGUUCGCAGCUAUGGCCUGAACACAAUUUUAACCAUACCACAGAUUGCCAUCGUUGGCGACCAGUCCAGCGGCAAAUCUAGUGUCCUGGAGGCUAUUACGAGACUGGCAUUCCCUCGCAAUAUGGAAACCUGCACACGCUUCGCGACACAAGUGAGCAUGCGUAUGGGCGAGCGUAAUGAGAUAUCAGCACGUAUCGAGGGUGAACCUGAGUUCAACGAACGUUAUGCUCAUGGCUCGUCAUGGGAUAUCCAGCCGAUUAUCAGCGAUGCCAACAAUAUCCUGUGUCCCGUAGGUUCAGGCAAAGACAUCAGUGAAAGAGUGCUAGAGAUUACCAUCUCAGGACCCGAGAUAUCUCCGCUAACGAUCAUUGAUCUCCCCGGAUAUAUCAACACUGUUAUUGAUGGGCAAGACAAAAGUAUGGUAUCAACAAUCCGUGCAAUAAACACAAGAUACAUUCAAGACAACCGAACAAUCAUACUGGCUGUAGUCCCUGCCGAUAAUGAUCUGAACAAUAUGUUUGUAUUGGACCAAGCCGAGCGUUAUGACCCAAGCAAGGAAAGGACCAUCCCGAUUGUGACCAAGCCGGACAGAGUCGAGGCAGAUCGACUUCCGAACCUUAUCCAGACAUUGCUGAACAAGAGGAAGUUCAUGAGCCAUGGCUAUCUCGUGAUGAGGAACUCGAGCAACAGCGACAUCGGCAGGUCGUGGGAUGAAGCUAGAAAGAGUGAAGAAGAUUUUUUCAGAUCACAUCCUCUAUGGGACCAAAUAGAGAGCUCGCGCAAGGGACGAGUUAGUGUCAAGACUUUCCUAGGCAAUGUGCUUUACAACCAUAUCUUGAAAGAGCUACCAUCCCUGAAGGAGGACAUCCAGAGGCUAAUUAAUGAACGUGAAAGAGAGCUCUCUAACAUGGGUCCUGAGCUGACAUCUACAGAGGCGGCGAAGACUCAGUACCUUGCAUCCAUUCAAGAGCUCCAAAAAUUGCUGACUGAUUAUUUGGCAGGCAACCAUUCACUCGAUUAUAUAAACAGUCAUAUGUCAAACCCCACACAAGCUGCUUCGAGCCCCCCACAGCUUACUUCGAGCUCCUCACAACAUUCGUCGAGCUCUACACAGCAAAAUAUCAUCACUUACACAAUCCAUUCGAGACAGCGCGACAGUGGCGUCUUUGGAGCGGAGGAUGAUUUGCUGCCGCUCUCGCCUUCUAAAAACAAGCCAUUCUUGCGAUCAACGCUUCACAACUUAUACGAGCGCUUCGGCCAAGCCAUGCAUCGCGACAAAUAUAACAGCUCUAAAGACAAGAUCAGAGACCUCCUCGUUCGUUACAGAGGAAACGAAUUGCCCGGAUUUGUCACUUUCACUACUUUCAUGCAGAUCUACAUGGAAACGACUCUUGUUCACUGGCGAAAUGUAACUAAGGAGCAUAUCAGUAACAUGCAUGCACACUUAUACGAAGCUGUCGCCGCCUUUAUCAGUUUUUCUGCCGACCCACUCCUCAAAGACCUGCUUCUGAUAGAAUUUGAGAAGUUCUACAGCCUGCAGACCAAGAAUAUCGCAGACACCAUCGAAGACAUUUUUACUGAUGAAUCUAUACCAUUUGCAAUGAACAGGUUCUACUAUGAGAGUGUCCUCCAAGGCAAAAAGGCAAAGCUAGAACAACAUAUUCAAGAAUACGCAAAGUCCACAAACCCUAAAGAGAAAAACGAUGCUAGAAAUACAACUAUCGAUUAUAAUGGACAAUUGGCAGGAGACAUUGCGGUCGAAGAGCUACAUGAUCAACUACAAGCUUAUUGCGAGGUGGCACGCAAACGCAUCGUGGACGUAGUGCUCCUGCAGACUAUUGAGCGCUUUAUGGUCAAGCACAUUAACGUUUACUUCAAAAUGUUGAUAACAAUUGACGAGACGCAUAUUAUGAGCCGACUUCUCGACUCGCCAGCGAAGCUCACACGUCGUCAAGAGUUACAAGACAAGGUGGCCGUAUUGCGCAGGAGCCUUGUUGAACUCUAG